AUGCUCUUGAUGUCGCAUGGUGAGGAUGGGCUAAACAGACUCCAAUGCAACACGUGCCCUUACGAGUUCAGGAUCUCGGGUUUCCAGAUGUUUGAACGCAAAGUUCUACCCAGAAAGGAAGUUGACGAUGUCUUGGGUGGAGACGGUGCUUGGGAUAACGUUGAUCAAACUACAGCACAGUGUCCAGUGGACUCAUGUGGCAACGAUAAGGCAUACUUUUUCCAGUUACAGAUCAGAUCUGCCGAUGAGCCUAUGACAACUUUCCUCAAGUGUACCAAAUGCUCUCACCAAUGGAGAGAAAAUUAG